AAGGCUUCUCCGAGUGUCGUGAGGAGGGCGCUGGGGUGAGAGCGCGGAGGGCCUCCGCUGGGUCGGCAGUGUCAUCUGUCUAGGUAGUGGCUUCUCUGCCUACGGCACGAUCAUGGCUGGAGCGCUGGUACGCAAAGCGGCAGAGUAUGUCCGGAGCAAGGACUUCCGAGACUAUCUCAUGAGUACGGUAAGAAAAUUGUAGCCAUUCUGGGCAUUUGUGGCCUUUCUGCUUUCAUAAAGUUAGAGAUGACUCCCACAGUAGAUGCACUUCUGGGGCCCAGUUGCCAACUGGGGUCUCCCCAUUGCUGCUUUCAAUGACAUGAAGAAAUCUCCAGAGAUUAUCAGUGGGAAGAUGACUUUCGCCCUCUGUUGCUAUUCUCUGACAUUCAUGAGAUUUGCCUACAAGGUACAACCUCGAAACUGGCUUCUGUUUGCAUGCCAUAUAACAAAUGAAGUAGCUCAGCUCAUUCAGGGAGGACGACUUAUCAACUACGAGUUGAGUAAGCAGCCAUCUGCGUAGCAGUGCAAGGACCAGCUCUUGAAAGGGACAGUGCUCCAGUCACUGCUGCAGCCACAGAUCAUGUCAGCAUGAAUAGUCAUGCUGAGGGGAAAACACAGAAUGCUAUCUUUAAUGACCAUGCCAACAUUAUUGAAUAGCCGGGAGUCUCUAAACCAACUCUCUGCUGCCUUAUCAAUGCUAAACUUUAUUUGUCUUCAUCAAGAGUAGUUCAAAAUAUGCAACUAAUUUAAUAAUUUUGAAUGAUGGCUUUAUCUAUAGCAAUCUGUAGUAAUAUAUUAUCUAUUGGGAUUUGUGUAAUAAAAAAUCUAAGGGAACAAAAUUUUAUAACUACAAGCACUUAAGUACUCAAAAUUCUUGACUUUUUCUUUAAUGACAAUAGUAUAACCCUCAGUUGGUAACAUGUCUACACAUAAUUUCCAGUGAUAACAGUGUCGGUGUUUUCCAUAAUGUAAUUAAGAUCUGUAACUUAAUGGCAAUAAAUGGUUUAAAUAUUUGCUA